UUCUCCGCCGCCGUCCUCCGCCCUACCGAAGAAAUUGAGACAAAUUAUUUAUUUAAGAUAAUAUAUAAUAUUUUUAUAUAAAUGGGAAAUUCUAAAAUUCGUCUGCGCAAAAGUCUUUCUACAAUAACCAAUCCUUAUUUAAUACCAAAAAGGAGCCACCGCAUUCUUUCACGAUUCUCUUACAUUUGUUUUUUCUUUACAAAAAGUCGCAUCUAAGUUUGAGACCGCCAACGCCAACUGUCGAGGAAACUUCUCUCUAAUUUCUUCGUUGAAGUGAUGCGAUUCGUAUUGAUUGGAUCCAAUACUUUGUUUCUUUAUGUCCGGUAAAUCGGCUGGGUUUCACAAGAGCUUUUUUUUUUAGGGUUUCUAAAAGCAAGUGAGGGUUCUCGGUUUCUUUCUUCUUGUUUGAUGUUGAUGAUGGGGGAAGAUAAUCGCAAUGAUAGCUUCGGUAUCUUGUCAAGUGGCGAUCUCUCGGCUGAUUAUAAGUUCGAUGAUUUCGUUGGGGAUGGUAUGUGCAUCGAUCUCGACAGCAUCAAUCGUAUUCUUGAGGAGAACUCUGAUCCUCCGCAGAUUAAUCCAGAAGAUCCAUCGCUUAGAAAUAUGUCUCAAGGGGACUCAGAUCUUGAAUCCAUCCAGUUUCAAAGUGAAUCGCCUUGCUCGGGGUUUACUUUUGCAGAUUGUUUAAGAAAUAAUUCCUAUGAUUCAGAUGCUAGGGCAGGGUCUACUGGUGGCUCCUUUUAUUAUCAUGGGAAUUUAGAACUCUCUGCACAUGAUUGUUCACCGGUUCAAACAUCCUCUGCAAGUUUUAAAGAGUGGUCUGCAAUUUGUCAAGGGACAUCCUACAGAGAGAGAGUUGAGAUUCCCAGCUGUAGUACAGCAUCUAGUUUUUCUGAGAUAGAUGGCAACCAUGCGUUAGAUCAUGGAGAUAAUUUAAGAUUUGAUCUUGUGGAUGAUAAAACUAGCUCAUUGUUCAUGAAUACUAAAGAGGAGUUUGGCUACAAAAAUGCUUUGCACAGCCCUGUUGAUGAGAAUACAAACUUAAUAUUUGAUCAGUAUGAUCCCUGUUCAGUUAUAAGUUGUUACGUGAAUGGAGAUGAUGCAUAUUUUGCUGAUUCCUCAAUGCAACACUCGCCUGGUUCCCUAAAUUUUAUGUUUGAAGAAAGUAAGGAGGGUGAAGUUGUGGAAUUUCCCACUGAGAGUGCAUGCUCCAGUAGUAGGAUAAUAUUCAAUUCUCAGGGUGAGAUUGAUAAUAGGUCUGUGUCACAGCUCUCAAUGAAUGGUUUCUCUGAUGUAAAGAAACUUCAUUUUGAAGGUGAAGGGAAUGGACAUGUUGCCUAUGGAAAAUUUUCAUACACUGCCAAUGAUGGACUCUUUGAUGACAAAGGUUCGCUGCAGCCAUUCACUCAUUCUAAACCUUGCAUUUUAAAUAACAAACAAGCAGUUUAUGGAAAGAAUGAAGAUAACGAACUGAUCACAUCUGGCAAUAUUUUCUCCCAUUCUGCUGAAUCUUUAGAUGAAGCUAGCUGGAGAAAGUCUACUAACAGGGUUGCUGAGUCAUUAUCUCUUGACGAAGCCUCAAAGCAGUCAUCUGAUAUUUAUCCUUCUGUAUCAAAUCAGGAUUUUAUGGUUAAUGGCAAGGAUGCUCAUCAUUACAAUCAUGACAUUAAUCUAAAUGUUAGUAGUCAAUCUUUCUUCAGUGAGGGACAUUUAAAUUUAACUUCCCCAGAGAACUAUUUUUCCAGUGCAUACCCAAUUAGUUCAACCAAGAUGCAGUUAGGUUGUUUUCAGGAUGAAAGAGAGAAUAAGUUUAUUCCUUCAAGGAGUAUGGGUCUUUCAAAAGUCAGUCCUGAAUCUAUUCAUAGCAAUUCAUCAGAUUGCAGAUCCUAUGUUGAUGAUGACCCUGAUAUAUGCAUUCUUGAAGACAUUAGUCAACCUGCCCGGUCAAACCAAUCUCUGGUGCUUGUGAAGAAGACUUCAAGUUUGCCGAAUACUGCAUCUAGUACUCAGCUUCAUAACCCAGGAAUAGGGGGUAUCAGGCUCAAGGGAAACGAUGAACAGUUAAUUUUUCGUGUUGCAUUGCAGGGCCUUUCUCAGCCAAAAUCUGAAGCUAGUCCUCCGGAUGGUGUUUUGGCAGUACCUCUUCUACGCCAUCAGAGAAUUGCUUUGUCAUGGAUGACCCAGAAGGAGAAAACUGGCUUACACUGUAUGGGAGGAAUUCUCGCAGAUGAUCAGGGAUUAGGAAAGACUGUGUCAACAAUUGCACUUAUUCUUAAUGAAAGGCCUUCAUCUUCUAAAGCAUCCUCUCAAGAUGUGAGAAAGGUUGAGUUGGAAACACUAAAUUUGGAUGAUGAUGAAGAGAUGAAGCAAGAUUCUGAUAACAGUCAUGUCAUGUCAAAUGGUGCUUCAAAGAAAAGCUCUUCUCCAUCAGGGCAAGCAAAGGGAAGGCCAGCUGCUGGAACACUCAUUGUAUGUCCCACAAGUGUAUUGCGGCAAUGGGCAGAUGAGUUACACAAUAAGGUGACGAAAGAAGCUAAUCUCUCCUUUCUAGUGUACCAUGGAAGCAACAGGACAAGGGAUCCUUUAGAGUUGGCAAAGUAUGAUGUUGUCCUUACUACAUAUUCAAUUGUUAGCAUGGAGGUCCCAAAACAACCUCCUGUUCAAGGAGAUGAUGAUGAGAAAGGGAAGUUGGAAGGUGACCGUGCUUCUUCUCUGGAUUUUCCACCAAGCAGGAAAAGGAAAUACCCGCCUAGUUCUAAUAAAAAAGGAGCGAAGCACAAGGAGGUUGACGAUUUGCUUCUUGAUUCUGCUGCUCGACCUCUUGCAAAAGUUGGAUGGUUUAGAAUUGUUCUGGAUGAGGCCCAAAGCAUUAAAAACCAUAAAACUCAAGUUGCUAGGGCCUGUUGGGGCCUUCGUGCUAAACGAAGAUGGUGUUUGUCUGGGACUCCAAUUCAAAAUGCCAUUGAUGACCUUUAUAGCUACUUCAGAUUUCUGAGAUAUGACCCAUAUGCUGCUUACAAAUAUUUCUGUUCUUCCAUAAAGAUCCCGAUUGCUAAAAAUCCAGCGAAAGGCUAUCCAAAAUUGCAAGCUAUCUUGCAAACAAUAAUGUUACGCCGCACGAAAGCUACACUUCUUGAUGGGGAACCAAUUAUUAACUUGCCACCUAAAGUGAUAGAACUGAGAAAGGUGGAAUUCACAAAGGCGGAACGUGACUUCUAUUCCAGACUGGAGUCUGAUUCACGUGCUCAGUUUAAAGAGUAUGCAGCUGCGGGGACUGUCAAACAGAACUAUGUGAAUAUCUUGUUGAUGCUUUUGCGGCUUCGCCAAGCCUGUGAUCAUCCUCUUCUGGUCAGAGGUUUUGAUUCAAACUCUUCAUGGAAAUUGUCAAUUGAGACUGCAAGGAAGCUUCCUCAGGAAAAGCUAACAUUUCUUUUAAGUUGUUUAUCAUCUUUGGAACUCUGUGGCAUCUGCAAUGAUCCACCAGAAGAUGCUGUUGUCACCAUCUGUGGUCAUGUUUUCUGCAACCAAUGCAUCUCUGAACAUCUUACUGGUGAUGACAAGCAGUGUCCCACCAAAAAUUGCAAAGGUCAAUUAAGUGCGUCUUCAGUGUUUUCGAAUACCUCUUUAAACAGUUCUCUCUCUGAGCAGCCUGGUGAGGAUAAGUCUCUUGAUUGUUCUGGUUCAAAAGUUGUUGAGGUAAUUGGGCCUUGUUCUGAGGAUAGUUUGAAUGAUUCUUCCAAAAUUAAAGCUGCCCUUGAUGUCCUUAAAUCACUAGCUAAACCUCAAGAUAAUAGAUUAAGGACUAGUGGCUGCCCAGAAGGUUCCUCUGAUCUCCAGUCUCCGGAUUCACUAAAUGGCCUUCCCGAUGGAAAGGAUCUGGUUAUGGGUGCAAGUUCGAAUGAUUCCAGUAAGGCACCUGGGGAGAAAGCUAUAGUGUUUUCCCAGUGGACAAGGAUGUUGGAUUUAUUUGAAGCCUGUCUUAAAAGUUCUUCCAUCCAAUACAGAAGACUUGAUGGAACUAUGUCAGUUGCUGCUAGAGAUAAAGCAGUGAAAGAUUUCAACACCCUACCAGAGGUAUCUGUUAUGAUUAUGUCCUUAAAAGCUGCCAGUCUUGGGCUGAACAUGGUUGCAGCUUGCCAUGUACUUCUGCUUGAUCUUUGGUGGAACCCUACAACUGAGGACCAGGCAAUUGAUAGGGCACAUCGAAUUGGGCAGACUCGGCCUGUAACUGUUUUACGAUUAACUGUGAAAGAUACAGUUGAGGAUCGUAUUUUGGCUCUUCAGCAAAAGAAGAGGAAGAUGGUUGCAUCAGCAUUUGGGGAGGAUGAGACCGGUGGGCGUCAGACUCGCCUCACAGUAGAAGACUUGGAAUACUUGUUCAUGGCAUGAUGUGUCACUUUUAUAGCUACAUCAGUAAUUGGCAUUAGCAAAACUGGCGGUGCAUAGACUUGCAUCCCAAGGUCCCGUGCAUCAUGUUGGGGAUGGACAGUCGGAUCUCCCACUUCUUCCUGUAGAACACCAUUUCACAACCCGUCUUCCCUGCCUAGCAGAUGCUAUGACAGGCAAGGGGCAAGGCGUUUUGAACAGACGCUGUUAAUAGUAGGAGAAUUCUCAUACCACAUAGUCACAAAAGGAAAGUUAAAUUUGUUUUGUUGGUCAUUGAUAGUUCUCAAACCUCACAUCACCUAUGACAUUGUAUAUGGAUAUAGGGAUAGGGCUCUUCCAAAGAUGGUAUAGGGUUGGAACUGGGCUAUUCUUUUAGUUAUGUAAAUGAUAGGUCCCCUAUUUUUAAUUUUCUUAUUCUUUUCUAAGAUACAGAAACUGAAAUUUGUAGCAUCAUCGGUCAUUUUGAGUAUACUAUUUAUGGCCCUGCAGUGUAUUCAUUCAUUAAUGUGAAAACUUGAUUAUUGCGAAUUAGAA